AUGUCAAACUUUGUAUCAAGUUGGGCUAAAAACAUUGUCACCCUGCCUGAAAAUUAUGUAAUGCCACCUGAUAAAAGGCCUAAUGAACAUGUCUCAAUUGGUAACAAUAUUCCAGUAAUUGAUCUAGCAAAAGCAUCAUCAAACACAGUUAAUCAUGCUGAAUUAGUCCAAGAAAUACUAAAAGCUAGUCAAGAAUUUGGUUUAUUUCAGAUCAUAAACCAUGGAGUAUCUGAGAAACUGAUGGAUGAUGUGAUGGAUUUAUUCAAGGAGUUAUUCGACAUGUCUGUCGAGAUGAAGGAUAAGUUAUUCUCUGAGGAUUCAAAUAAGAGUUGUAAAGUGUUUGGAAAUCGAUAUAUCAAUGGAGAGAUUCGUUACUGGAGAGAUCUUCUCAUACAACCUGUGUUUCCCAUUCAAGAAGACACACAACAUUGGCUCGAAAAUCCAGCUAGAUAUAGGGAACUGGUUGAAGCAUAUUCAACUGAAGUGAGGAAGUCAUGCACGAUGAUAGUGGAGCUGCUAGGUGAAGGACUGGGAGUAGAAUUAGGGGAGGAAUUGAUCAAAGCCAAGCCCUGGGGGCGAACUAUUACCCAACUUGUCCAGACCCAAGUUCAGCCAUGGCAAGUUUAUGGACUUCAAAUUUUCAAAGAUGGUCACUGGAUUGGUGUUCAUCCACUUCCCUAUGCAUUCGUUGUCAUCAUUGGUUACCAGAUGCAGAUUAUCAGCAACAAUAAGCUAGUAGCUUGUGAACACCGUGCAGUUACAAAUUCAGAAAGUGGUCGAAUAACACUAGGGACCUUUGUUUCUCCUGCUGGAGAUUGUGUAGUGGAACCAGCAAAGGCUCUUGUCAAUGGUGACAGUCCUGCACUCUAUCGCCCCUUCAAAUAUGAGGAGUUCAUAAAUGACUUUAUGGCCGGAAAGGAACCACAUAAGACAUUGACACUAGACAACAUUAGUUAA